GUUUUUCACUUUUCACAGAAUAUGGGUUUCGCAAUCUAUUACAACGGUCUCUGCUCUCAUCAUCAUCUUCGGCCUGAGUUUCAAAUGGUUACUACUCUUGCUUCCUCUGAAUGCAGAGAACCUGGUGCCUUGCGUCGUCGUGCCCUCACAAAACUGGAUAGAGAGCUGUCUAAGGGCCAUUUUAAAAGUGCCCUUUCACUUGUGAAGGAGUUGCAAGGAAAACCCGAUGGUCUCCGUGGAUUUGGCGCUGCAAGGCAGAUACCUCGAAGCAUCUACAAAUUGGAUGAACUUCAGCAAAAUGGGAUAGAUAUGUCAUUUCUUGUACCACUGGUGGUCUCAGUACUGGAUUCAGUAGAAAGAAGCCUUCAGUUUGCGGCGGUUGACUCGGUUUCCUUUAAUGGACGACUGGAGAAUUUGAUGAUUGAUGCAAUUAGUGAUUCUGUCUAUGAAGAGAAUCAUAUCACUUGUAUGCAACAUGAAGCUGGUCAUUUUCUAACUGCCUACUUGCUUGGAGUUCUUCCUAGAGGUUAUGAAGUACCAAGUAUAGAAGAUUUCAGGAAGGACAAUUUCCUUGGAGGAAAAGUAGGGUUUUUGGGUUUUGAGUUUCUCGAGGACAUUCAUACUGGAAAGCUACCAAAGAGGAAGGUCAAUAAUGGAAAAGUUUCAGCUAGGAAUUUGAAUAGAUUCUCAUGCAUAGCGUUGGCAGGUUUAGCAUCCGAGUGUCUCGUCUUUGGGUGCUCUGAGAGUAGCUCAUCUGAUGUUCUCAAGUUAGAUAGAGUAUUUAAGUGGUUGGGCUUUACUGAGAGUGAAGUAGAUGCUCAGGUGAGGUGGGCUGUAUUGAAUACUCUGUUAAUUUUGCAUCGCCACAAUGAAGCUAGAUCAAGGCUUGCGGAAGCAAUGGCAUUGAGAAGGUCUGUUGGCUUCUGCAUAGACACAAUUGAGAAUACUUUGAAUUUGAGCGACAUUUAAAUUUUC